AUGGCCUGGAAAAUAACUAAUGGCACCAUUUUUUUCUUUUUGCGAGUGCUGAUUAGUGUUCUUAAAAAGCACGAUUACCAAAAAUUAUUAGUAGUAUUUGAUGGAGAGCAAAUGAACGAACUCCAAGCAUUAUUGAAAAAAACUAAUAUUAAUUUUAUUCAAUUGAUAGACUGUGAAGCCGACGACUUAAUUGCUUCUUUUAUUCAAAAAAACAGCCCAAACACCAGCACAAUUUUCGACAUUUUUACCCGGGAUAAGGAUUUGUUGCAAUUACUUGAUAAAAAUGUUAAUAUUUUAAAAUAUAUUGAUGGAAAGGCGACUCUCUAUACUGUCGAAAGUUUUCAGAAAGAGUAUAAUUUUAGGCCCGACAAUUAUGUAGAUUAUUUAAGUCUAUUGGGAGAUAAUGUUGACAAUAUUGAGGGAGUGAAAGGCAUUGGGCCAGUAAGUGCUAAAAAAUUAAUUCAGCAAUUUCAAACAGUUGAGAAUAUUUACCAGCAAAUAGAUAAUUUGCCCGAAAAUACUAAAAAAUUAUUAUCCGGCAAGAAAAAGGAAGUUUGUCUUAACAAAAAAAUUAUUAGUUUAGAAAAAAAUAUUGACUUCUCGGGCGAAAAGUUGCCUGCGUCCCAGUAUCAAAAAAUUGACCGGGAAGAGGCCAUUGUAGAAAUCGGCAAAAUGGGCUAUUUUGAUUUGACAAUUUUACAAGAGGAAAAAAAACGAGAACAAAAAGAAAAAAACCAGAUCUUUUAUUUGCUUUUACUCAUAGCCGAUAUUUAUCAGCAUAAUUUAUUGACCUCAGCCGGCCAGGAAAUAUUAAAUUAUCUCCAACAGGAAAGAAGAAUAGAUAAAGAAAUUAUUAAUCAUUUUAAUUUAGGAUGUAGCAUUAAUAAUCGUCAAUUAAGCCACUUACUUUUAGACCAAGAAAAUUCCGACUUUUCCUCCGAGGAUUUAUUAGCCACUAAUCUGGUUUGGAUAACGGACCAGAAUCAGACUUGUGAUUUUUUUCCCGCCCGCCAUUUAAUCAUACCCCUAGCCAAUGCAGCGGGAAAAAUAGUGGCUUUUGCGGCUCGAAAAAUUGGCAAAAUAUCAGAUGGCGAAGGAAAAUACAAAUAUUUGCCUAGUUAUCAACAUUAUCAAAAAUCGGCUCUGUUGUAUAACUAUUCAAGAGUAGCAAAAAGUCGGACCGAAGAAUGUUAUUUAGUCGAAGGUUUUUUUGACGUUAUUAGUUUGAGUAAAUUGGGAGCCGAAAAUUGUCUGGCUCUAUUAGGAACUAAUUUAUCAGAGGAACAAGUUAAACUUUUAAUCGGACUAAAAAAACGAAUUAUUCUUUUUUUGGAUAAUGAUAAAGCCGGACGGGAAGCCACGAUUAAUGUAGCCGUAAAAUUGCUAGAACGAGAAAUUGACUGCGAAGUAGUGAAAAAUGAUUAUCCAAGCGACCCUGAUGAACUUUGCCAUCAAAUUGAGAAAGAAGCCAUGAUAAAUAUACUCAAUCGUCGAGAGAAUCCCUACUCGUUUAUCCUAAAAUAUUACUUUUUUAAAUUAGAAGUCCGAGAUAAUCCUCAAAGAACCGUUCGUUUUAUUAAUGAAAUAUCCAGGAUUUUCUCAAAAUUUAAACCGAAUAUUUACGAUUUUUUAAUUGACAAAAUAUCCUCUUUAACCACACUAUUGCGAGCCGCCCAACCAGUAGUGACAAUUAUUUUAGCCAUCAAUAACCUGGAGAAAAAAAUUGCUGAAAAGGAAAAAUCGAGAAAAGUUAAAUCAGAAACAGCCAAAGACGAAUUGAAAAAAUUAAAAUCCGAACUAAAAAAAAAAAACCAAGAAUUAGCCGAAAUGGACCAGGAAAAAUUCCAAGAAGGCAUAAACGCUAUUCGUUUUCUCCUCGAACAUAAUAAAAAUUUACAACAUUUUAUUAAUCAAGGGGUAGGAGUCAAAGAUAGAAAAAAUGUAGUUUAUUAUGACAGCGUUUAUCAAAACGAUGACCGAGAAAGCAAGUCUUAUUCCUUUUCAGAAACCUUGCACGAUGAGGAAAAUACCGAAUUGUCGGAUGAGGAAAUACGACGCCGAGACGUGUCAAUUCAGACUAACAAUCUAAUUAACGCCUUGGACAAACGAGAAGCGAUUCUGUUAAAUCGUCUGCUCUAUAAAAUUAAGCCCUCUAAUUUAGUGGACGUUUAUUAUCUGGCCGAUGAAAAAGAAAAAAAGGAAUUACAAGAAAAUCUGAAAUUACGAGAUAAAUUUAAUUUAGAAUCGCUGCAAAAAUACUCCUUAGAAAGUCCAAAAAUCCAUAAUUUGCCAGUAGUAAAAAAAUAUUUGUCAUUAUUCACUAAAAAUCAUAAGUUUAUCGAAAUAAGUAGGAUUAUCGAAAAAUCAGAAAAUACGGCUCGUCAAUUAAAAUUGAAAAGCUUCCAGGAACUCCAAAAACUGGCUAAAGAAAGAAAAUUACACUUUUUCCGUGAAAAAACCUUGAGUGAACAGAUUAUUAAAGCGAUAGAAAAGGAAGAAAGUGAAGAAAUUACAAAGGCGAGAGUAAGAGAAAUAAUAAAUAGCCAGGCUGAUGAAACCGAUAAGCAACAGAAAGAGACCAAGGAAAAUGCUACCAGAGAGAUACAAGGAGAGGGUUCUUUGUCGAAAGAAAAGGUCAAAGAGAUAAUCGAAAAUGCCAGCGUUAGCGGACCCGGCACUACUUUACCGCUUUUAGCCAUCGUGGCUGGUUUAUUUGCUAUUCUUAUUAUCGUGGAGAUUUUACUUUUCAAAAAAGCCAGCAAGUUAUAUAUGGCAGCGAAAAAACGACAAGAAGAAGAUAACAAAAUUAUCUACGAACGCACUAAUAAUUUAGAAUAUAUUAAAGCGGUUUCGGGAGAAAAAUAUGAAGAAGAAAAAGUUGACCGACAACUGGACUCCACUUUUCGUCAGAAUAAAAAAUCGCUUUGGUAUAGCACCUUGUUUAAAGCGGCUCCUCAAUACAUUAUUAUUCCGAAUAUCCCCAUCUUUUUCAUGGCCUUGACUCUGCUUUUUUACUCGUCAAGCCCCAAAAUGGGAACCGUCUUUUUAAUGGGUAAUUUUGCCCGCUACUUUUUUUCUGUCCGCAGUUUAAAUAAUGAAGUAAAUAAAAUAAUCGAGGCAAUGUUAACUUUGGAUGAACUUUCCAGUAGCCUAACCAUUGUUAAUGAGAGUGCUAAAAUGUUGAAUCAGCCAGCCUCGCUUACUGAACCAAAACCCUCUCUGCCAAACUUGCCUUUCAAAAAUGGCGAUCUAGUGUUCCAAAAUGUCGUUUUUGCUUAUCCUAAACGGUCCCAGCAAGACAUUUUGCGGAAUUUUACUUUCACUUUUCAACAAGGAAAAAUCUACGGCAUUGCCGGCAAAAAUGGUAUUGGUAAAAGCACCAUUACUAAAACCAUGCUCAAACUUUAUGAUUUAAAAAAAGGGCAAAUAUUAAUUGGCGAACAUAAUGUGCGAAAAAUCGACACUAUUAGCCUUCACCAGCACAUUUGUUAUCAAACUAAUCGCCCUACUUUUUUCCGCAUGAGUAUUGCCGAGAAUGUUUAUUAUCCGCAAAAGUAUAAUAAAGCGGAUCGGGAAAAAUUGGUCCAGGCAGCCAAAAAAACUGGUAUUUAUGAAUUUAUUACUAAAUUGCCCCACGGAUUUGACACAGUAUUGAGAGAAGGAGGCUCAGAUCUUUCAGAAGGACAAAAGCAGCAAAUUUCGGCCAUGAAAAUGUUCAUUGACGACUAUGACAUUUACAUUUUAGACGAAAUAUUAAGUAAUGUUCACCCGAAUUUAAAAGGUAUUGUUUUAGAAAAUAUUUUUUCUAAAUUAAAAGGUAAAACAGUCUUAGUAAUUGACCAUCAUUAUGAGAUAUUUAAGUAUGUUGAUUAUAUUUACCAGUUCACUGGUGAGAAAUUAAUUCGCAUGAAUAAGAAAGAGUUUUUAGCCAAAUAG